AAGAAGGCCAUUGAAGAGCAGAGUUCAUAUGAUGGAGAUUAUGAGUCCGCCAGACAAGAAAUAAGGCGUCGGAGUCAGAUCUUUGAAGGUGUUAAAAAUAAAUACAUCGAGCUUGCUAAAAAAGAUCCUAAAUUAAAGUAUUCCAUGACUAAAAUUCAGGAGGAAGCACGAAUUGAGAUUGAUAGUACACCAUCACUUCUUAGAUCAUAA